AACUGUAACGCCGGAGAAUAUAUUCUCCGGCAGCCGGUCACAUCUCCGGCAGUAAACGUCGUUUUCUUUUAUAAGAGAAUCACCCCUUCAAACAUAUUCUUGACUCUUUCUCUCUCUAUCUUUCUGUAAUUAAUUCCUUCUUUAUUUUGCUUUCUACUUGAAGAUUUGAUAUUUGUUAAUUCACUGAUUCCAUAAGCUUGCCGCCGGAAAAAGUCACCGUUGUUGUGUUUUCCGAAGCUUUGUAUCCAUGGAUUCAGAAAAUACAGACGGAAAUAGUUCAAGUGGAAGAUCAUCGAUAAUUGAUUCAAUUAAAGGAUUCACACUCGCCGGAGUUGAGAUUCAAAAGGAUGAACUUCGAAGAAGAAUCACGAUGCCUCUGUAUCUACGUCUCGCUUUACGCCAAGCAGUUGAGUCGAAGAACAUAUCUCCUCCUGGAGAAGAACAUCAACCCUCCGCAUGCGCCGACGAUGAUGAAACUAAUCAACCUUGUGAAUCUCCGUUGGUUGUCUUCAUUAACUCCAACAGCGGUGGCCGGCAUGGUCCUAGGUUGAAAAGUCGUCUUCAGGAAUUGAUGGGUGAAGAACAGGUUUUUGAUCUUAACUCUGUGAAGCCUCAUGAGUUUGUUCAGUAUGGAUUGGGUUGCCUAGAGAAGUUGGCUAAUCUUGGGGAUUCUACUGCGAAGAUCACUCGUGAGAAGCUGAGAAUUGUGGUUGCAGGAGGUGAUGGCACAGUAGGUUGGGUUUUGGGGUGUCUCGGUGUUCUUGACAAGCAAAAACGCGAGCCAGUUCCUCCAACAGCUAUAAUUCCACUCGGUACAGGCAAUGACCUUUCAAGAACUUUCAGUUGGGGCGGUUCAAUCCCUAUUAACUGGAAAUCUGUAGUGAAGAAGACUCUCGACAAUGCCUGCACAGGCAAAGUCUGUCGUUUGGACAGUUGGCAACUUUCGAUCUCAAUGCCUGUUGAGAAGCUUGUGGAUCCGCCUUAUUCUCUUAAGUCAGUCGACGAAUAUUCAUUGGAUCAGGGACCAGAAAUCAAUACAUUGUUGCCCGAGAAAAUGACUCACUACGAAGGAGUAUUCUACAAUUACUUCAGCAUAGGAAUGGAUGCUCAAGUUGCUUAUGGCUUCCAUCAUUUGCGCAAUACAAAACCUUACCUAGCACAAGGCCCUAUCUCAAACAAGGUCAUCUACUCCGGUUACAGUUGCAAACAAGGCUGGUUCUUCACACCAUGCGCAAACACUCCAAAUCUAAGGGGACUACGAAACAUCGUAAAGAUAUUCAUCAAGAAGCUCAACUGCUCAACAUGGGAAUACAUAGAGAUCCCUUCUAGUGUGAGAUCAAUAGUUGCAUUAAAUCUUAAUAAUUAUGCAAGUGGAAGAAAUCCAUGGGGUUAUUUAAAGCCAGAGUACAUGGAAAAGAGAGGUUUCAUCGAGCCUCGUUCAGACGAUGGUCUUCUUGAAAUCUUCGGGUUGAAACAAGGAUGGCAUGCUUCCUUUGUCAUGACACAACUUAUCAGCGCUGUACACAUUGCUCAGGCCGCAGCCAUAAGAUUUGAGUUUGGAGGCGGGGAGCUGAACAAGGGUUAUCUGCAAAUGGAUGGUGAGCCAUGGAAGCAGCCAUUUCAUGAAGAUUAUUCAACCUUUGUUGAUAUUAAGAGAGUAGAUUUUCAGUCUGUUGUGGUUAAAGGAGACAUGGCUUAAGAUUGGAUUUUCGGUUACUUUGUUGUAUUGUUGUGAAUAUAUUCACUAGGCGCGCCACGCCAUUUCGUUAAUUUGUCGAUAGUUAACAUGAAAUUUGCUUUCCUAGAUCAGAUGUGAAGAUUAGUGCUUCUGGAUUUGUUUUUAUUUGUAGUGUGAUUUAAAUGUAUGAAGGUUGUAUUAUUAAUUGUUUGUUCA